UCGAUGUCAAUACCACAAAAUUUAUAAAGAGUUAAACUAGACAGUAUACACUUCAGUCAGUUCUAAAUUAUAGGUGAUAAGUGUUAGGUUACGGACUACGGAGUCUCGUCUCGGUGUUUUCUUCUGCAUUAAUAGUUUAAUAACAAUGGGAUUAAAAGAAGCUGUCAUCUACUUAGACAAUCAGUGGAACACAUACUAUGCUGGCCAAACUGUAAAUGGAAGAAUAGAGUAUGUCUUCGAUAGUCCUAAAAAAGUUAGAGGAAUACACGUAAAGAUUAAAGGUGAAGCACAUACAGAGUGGAGUGAGAGUAAACAGGAAGAGGAUACUGAUGGUAAAAGUCAGUCAUCAGAAACUCUUCAUACAGGCAAAGAGGAGUACUUUCAAAUUUCUUACUAUCUAUUGGGAAGUAACACUGGAAAUGAAAUUGAGAUACCACCUGGGAAACAAAUAUAUAAUUUUACUUGUACUUUACCCCCUGUUCUUCCAUCGUCCUUUGAAGGAGAGCAUGGAUAUGUGCGAUAUACAGUUAAAGUCACUUUGGACCGCCCAUGGAAGUUUGAUCAAGAGACAAAAAUGGCUUUUACUGUUAUUAAUGCUUUGGAUUUAAAUCUUAAUCCGUCUUAUAGAGAGCCUUUGCAUUUUCAAAUGGAGAAGACAUUUUGUUGCUUUUGCUGUGCAUCACCACCGCUUUGUGUGGAUAUAAGGGCACCUGUCACAGGAUAUUGUCCCGGACAAGUUAUUCCUUUAACUAUUGACAUCGAGAAUAAGAGCAAUGUACAAGUACAUCUUGUGAAAGUAUUUUUAAGAAAGGUAGUUACAUAUAGAGCUACAUCCCCAAGCAAUGUUACAAAAAAAUCAAAAGAUAUUAUUUUAACAAUCCAAGAGGGUCCAGCACCUGCUGGGAGUACAAAACAUUGGAAUUUGAAUAUGGAGAUUCCUCCCAUUCCUCCUUCUAAUCUUGUUAAUUGUAGCAUUAUUGAUUUGGACUAUGAUGUCAAGGUGGAAUGUGUUGUAUCAGGAAUGCAUAUAAACCUGAAAGACAAGAAGUAUAUUACUAUUGGAACGGUUCCCUUGGUGGGUGUUGGUGUAACUCCAUCUGCGCCAGUACUCUCUGAAGGGGGUAAUCAACCUGCUGUUUUACCAGUUUCUCCUGGAGAAUCUGUUCAACCCUCAGCGCCAGGAGGUGAAGGUCCUGGUGGUUGGGUCGCUCCAGGAUCUGCGCCUGCGCAGCCACCUUACCAGACCCUCUAUCCUACCUUGACUGCGCCCGUGUACAGAGAGUCCCCGUACGGACGUAAUAUACAGGACCGUAAUGAAACCCAGCAUAUGGCUAUCACAGGACCUGCUAAGUUUGCGCCCUAUUAUCCUACGUACGCAGCAAUUCAACCACCUCCAUUACCACAAUAAAACACUUGAUUUAUAUUAUUAUACACAUUAUUUUAAAGUUUAUGUUUUAAAGUUUGGAGUAGUUAACUGAUUUUCAUAUUUUUGUUAUAAUUUCACAAUAAUGUGCACGUUUUUGAAAAGUAGUGUUGGCCUCGUGACUUGAGCCAGCGAAUCGACAUGCAUCAUCAGGGCAUCAAUAGCUCUUUAAAGUCUUAUUAUCUAAUCCUCGCUCAUAUGGUGAAGGACCCAAAAAGUUGGCGACGUGUGUCAGGCACACAAGGCUAAUCACAUACUUCCCUAUUAAGAGAAAAAAUAUCACGAUAGACAUACAGAAAUCUGAAAACCAAUGGUUUUGCGACACUUUGAGUUAUUGUAUAUUUAUCGUUGGUACCUAUAAAAUAUUGUAAGAUUUACUCGGCUUAUAACUAGGCUUUGGUGCUAUAUUAAGGCUUUUCUAAUGAAUCUCUGUUGUUAUGAGCCAUAUUUUACUUCUCAUACUAACCAAGGUUAUAUAUUGGCUAAGCAUUUAUAUGUAAGUUAUUAAUUGGGACUGUAAAGUAAUAAAUGGUUGCAUUAAAGAACUUAGGGUGAGAAUGAUUACCGAAAGAUACGAGACGUUGCAUUCGAUUGUUUUUUGUCUAACGGACGUCAAAUGAUUUAUAAUGUUGUGUGUCAACUUGUAAUAGACUAGAGAUGCUGUUGACCAAUCACAAUCGAACAAAGCGCACGAUCGUGAUUUUCCUUUCCGAUACGAUCCGAUCCGAUAUAUUUUAAAGUCCAUAUUUUAUUCUUAAUUAAUUAUUACUGUUAUAUGAAUUAUAUUUUAUUGAAUGUAUUGUCUUUAUAAUGAAUUUUUUUUUACAUGUUUUGAUAUGUUCUAUAA